CUUUGCGCAUGCUCGGAGUUUUGGGCUCCAUCUUGAAAGUCACGAAUAUCUUCAGAAAUUUCUGCGAAUCCGUCUUUAUUAUUGGUAUCUGUCAGCUCUUAGGAAGCUUAAACUUACACAGAUGCUUUAACUACAACUACAAGCAUGUCCGGAACAGGGCCUUUCUCAAAUAUCCCGGUUUCGGGAGGCGAAACGAACUCAUAUUACAAUCAUGAUGGGGUGAAUCAUUUCGAUUCUUCUGGUACAGGUCCGUAUGCCAAACACGGUAUGCCACAGGAAACGGGACAUCAACAGGGCAGUCAAUCGCCUCAGCUUAACGCCAGACCCGUGAACAAUCAGCCUGCUAAAUCGAACAACGCCGGGCAUUAUCAAACUGCCGGUGCUUAUUCAUAUUGGGGUCAAAAUGCUGGCAAUAAUAGCCAGGGAAUGGUGGGUAAUAACACACCAGGAAGACCUCAAGUUCCUCCUGCAUCACAUCCAAACUCUGCUCAGUACCCACCUAGCUCUAGCUUUGGGGCAAAUAUGCCUUCAAAUCAAGUGCUUAAUGGUCCUUCCUCUCGUGGGACACCACCCCCUGGAUCUCGGCAGAUGGAUCAAACUGGUGCUUCUCAACAGACAAGACAACCCUCUCGCAGUGGUCCACCAGUCCAGCAGCCUUAUGGCAUGGCCAGCUCAGGACAACACGCACAACCACAAUCCCAGCGGCCUGUCCAGUCAAUAGCAGGAUCUACAGCAACAGGUCAACAUGCGACACCUACAGGUCAUGGAAUACCACCUUCAAGUACCCCACAGGCUAGGGCUCCACCUCAUAGCAGCACCCAGCCACUGAGUAGUCACUCUGGAUCAUCCCCCCAGCCAGGGUCAGCUUUCUCCCCUGUGAAUACACCUCCCAAUGCGCAAGCUCAACAAAUGACCCCACCUUCCUCGGCAGCACCCCCUCAGUCCCUACCUGGUCUGCAAACGUCACCAUCUUUGCAGCCUCCAUCGCAGAGGUCUACACCCAGUCCUCAAAGCAUGUCUGCUUUGCACUCUGGGAAGCCUAAGCGUCCAGGAAUGCCACCCUCUCCUUCAGUCCCUCAUCAAAGUCAGCCUGCGGUGCCUCCUGCAUUUGCCACGCCUCCCCGAUCAGGUGCUUCAACACCGUCAGGGGCACCACCAACAGGUGACGAGGGAAUGGCACCGCAGCCUGGACAAGGGCAAGCAAGACCAUCAUACAUGAACAAGAGAAGGCAGUACCCAGCACAGCAACAUCCCCCACCAUUGCCUGUUCCGGGAGGAAUUGCAAAUACUGCAGGUGCUGGUCAUGGCUACCCUGGUCCUGGGGCGGUGCCAGGACACCUGUCACCUCCAUCGCCUGGACAUAUGACCAAUGCACAGACACAUUUUGGCCAGAUGCCUCCCCCUAUGCCUGGUGGUCAGAUGCCUCCGCAGAUGUCUGGCCAAACCCCUAGUGGUCAAAUGCCUAUGCCGAUGCCAGGACAAGUAACUGGCGGCAUGCCUGGCCAAAUGCUACCUCAAAUGGGGGGGCAGCCAGGAUACGGUGCAAUGCCUCUUGAUGGUCCCAUGGGGAGAUUAACAGUACAGCAACCAGUAGGAGUCCAGCCUGUGAGUUUGAUGGAUCAGCGGCACAUUGUACCAACCACACCAAUCGAACACCCUGCACCACCAUUGAAUGCAGAUCUUCAAAAGAGAAACUGUGACCCAAGCGUUCUCUGCUGCACUUUGAAUGCUAUCCCAGAAACCAAGAGCUUACUGACGAAAUCAAAACUUCCACUAGGAAUCCAUCUCCAUCCAUUCAAAGACUUGCAGAGUCUACCUGUUAUUCACUCAUCAGUGAUUACUAGGUGCCGAUCAUGCAGGACGUACAUCAAUCCUUUUGUCACUUUUACUGAUGCAAGGCGAUGGCGUUGUCCGAUGUGCUUUAGGUCAAAUGAAGUUCCAGAGGAAUUCUGCUUUGAUCCUGCCACCAAGACCUAUGGAGAUCCCUCUAGAAGACCAGAAAUCAAGUCAGCGACCGUUGAGUUCAUAGCUCCUUCUGAGUAUAUGCUACGACCUCCACAGCCUUCAGUGUUUUUGUUUGUUUUUGAUGUUAGUUUUAAUGCAAUAGAGACUGGUUAUCUCCAUGUUGCUUGUAAAUUGUUAAAAGAGAAUCUAGAAAAAUUACCUGGUGACUCUAGAACUCUUGUUGGGUUCCUCUCAUUCGACAGCACAGUCCACUUCUAUAGCUUAAAGCCUAAAUUAACACAACCACAGAUGUUUAUAGUAUCAGAUUUAGAUGAUAUAUUCCUUCCUGCGCCAGAUGAUCUAUUAGUCAAUUUAAAAGAGAGUAAAGAGCUUAUAUGUCAAUUGCUGGAUUCCUUGCCCACAAUGUUCUCUGGAUCACGGAACAUCCACAGUGCAGCCGGAGCAGCAUUGCAGUCUGCACUAAAGCUCUGUGGUCCCACUGGUUCCAGAGUUACGCUGUUCCAGACAACACUCCCCAACUUAGGGCCAGGAGAACUAAAGAGGAGGGAGGAGCCAAACCAGAAAUCAAGUCCCAAGGAUUUUGUAAAUCUGGCUCCAGCUACUGAUUUCUACAAGAAGUUUGCCCUGGACUGUGCAGCAGAACAAGUUGCUGUGGAUGUCUUUUUACUUGCUGGACAGUAUGCAGACAUUGCAACUUUAAUGUGUGCAUCCAAGUACUCUGGUGGGUGUGUAUACUACUACCCUGACUUCCAUGCCUCCAGGAAUCCAACUGCCGUGGAGAAGUUUGAGAAUGAGUUCACGCGGUAUCUGACAAGAAAGAUAGGAUUUGAGGCUGUCAUGCGAGUACGCUGUACUAGAGGACUUGCCAUUCACACUUUCCAUGGAAACUUCUUUGUGCGCUCCACGGACUUGGUGUCUCUACCCAAUGUCAACCCGGACAGCAGCUUCUGCCUACAGAUAGACAUAGAGGACUCACUAACAGAGUCAAACAUUGUCUGCUUCCAGUCAGCUCUACUCUACACAAGCUCAAAAGGCGAGCGGCGGAUUCGUGUGCACACUCUGGCCAUGCCAGUUACGACUAAACUACAGGAUGUCUAUGCACACGCAGACCAACAGGCCAUUGCUUCUCUGCUAUCGAAAAUGGCUGUCGAUAGGACUCUUUCUUCAUCAUUAGGUGAUGCGAGAGAGGCUCUGAUGAAUGCAUGUAUCGACUUCCUUACCAUCUACCGUGGAUCUGUAGCCAACCAGCCCCAGAGUAACCAGAUCAUUGCGCCAUACUCACUACGUCUGCUCCCCCUCUUCAUCCUGGCCCUCCUCAAACAUGUGUCUUUUCGUCUGGGUACGACAAAUAGCCUUGAUGAGCGGUGCUUUGCCAUGCAGCAGCUGAAAACAAUGCCCCUGUCGCUAGCUAUGCUGACAAUCUACCCCAGCUUGUACCCUCUGCACGACAUUUCAGAUGAGGGAGCAUUGCACACAAAGGCUGGCGUUAUUCCACAGCCUCACCGCUAUCACCUGUCAGCCGAGAAACUGAGCAGACAAGGGGUGUUCCUCAUGGACACUGGCCAUGCAUUUUAUAUCUGGGUUGGCAAAGACACUCCCGACGAGAUUAUCCAGCAGUUAUUUAAUGUAGCAAACUACAACAACAUUGCAGAGAAUAUGGGUUGCUUACCUGAGCUUGACAACCCACUCUCAACAAAAGUACGAAGCUUUGUGGACUACCUGCAGAGCCAAAGAACGUGUCACGCCGUUAUGCACGUGUUCAGGGAGGAAAGUCGUUCACGGGCCCUGUUUAUCAACAAUUUAAUGGAUGACCGCUCCGACUCGGUCAUGUCUUACUACGAGUUCCUCAUGCACAUACAAAGACAGAUAUCCAAGUAAUUUGUACUCUUCUCAAACCCCACCCAGCGAACUGGCAGCGCUAAUCUGCCCACAGGUCGGGAGAUAUUAAAUGGCUAGCAAUAAUGGCAAGAACAGAGAAAGACAAGAAAAAUGAAAAAGAAGACUCGAACUUUCAGUAAUCACAGUGAGCUGUUGCGCGGGCAAAAUUGACAAUAUUUUUUCCUGAAAUACGAAUUAUAAUUUAUCAAAAGUUGCGGUUGUACGGAGUGCCGUUUUUAUAGCGUUUUGAUCGUGCCCCUGAAGUAGGUCUGGUUAAUUGGUUAUUUUUCGAAAUUUAGAAUAUGUAUUUGGUUUAUAGAUAUAAAAAUACAUUUAGAUAUGAUAUGGAAA